CUGGCGCCACUGCGACUGCCAGCUGAUCGCCAGUUGAAGACACACCGGCUUUGGAGGUGUACGUGGCCGCUGCCCUUCCUUGGACCCGUAUACUUGCCUUACCUGUCAACAUGUCUCUCUUGAUAGACUCCCUCAUUACAAUCUGCAAUGUGUCAACGAUAGGCCUGUGUGGCUUCGCGAAGAUUCCUCAGAUUAUUGCCAUUAUAAAGGCGAGAUCAACAAAGGGGCUGAGUUUGACGAGUUUGAUGUUGGAGCUGACGAGUUAUACCAUCAUGCUGAGUUACAACAUUUACUCAGGAUACUCCUUCAGCUCCUACUUUGAAUAUCCUUUGAUGGUUACUCAAGAUGUGGUAAUGCUAGUGGUGUUCCUUUUAUUCACUGGCCGCCUCUCCCCAACUUUACUCGUACCAGGUGCUGCUGGUGCUUACUUUGCAUACUCUAUAGCUUCUGGGAGCCUUCCUCAUGCUCUCAUCACUACUCUUGUGGGGCUGUGCACACCUAUAUCAGCCAGCAGCAAGGUGAUGGCACUCUUCACCAUCAUUCGCAUCAAGAACUCAGCUACUGUGUCUGUGUCAUCCUUGUCUAUCUCUGCUUAUACCUGUUUCACUCGGUUAUUCACCAUAUACGUGGAGUCAGCAGAUCCAGCACUUCUAAUGAAUUUUGGGAUCAGUCUCAUGCUCAACCUUUGUCUCAUCACUGCAGCCAUCGUUUACAAGCCCAAGAAGAAGGAGGAGUAAAAGCGCCUUAUAUCACUCAAAAGAAGGGAGAGGGUGUAGGUAAUUGAUAACACUAAGGUAAGACAGCGGUAGGCCCAUUAUCUGAUGUUCUGUUUCAUGUCUUGCAUCUGCUGUAGGAGGACAGACAUCUUCAGUUAUCCUUUUAUUUUCAUAUAUUUAAAAGAGCAAAGAAUAAUAUCCUGUUGUAUUUUAAUAACAGUCAAAUGAGGGGUGUAACAUUCCUAAAGGAAAUUGUGUAACUUUUAAGCUUAACAACUAAAUAGAAAAUAAAGAUCAUAUCUGUAUAGUGUUGUAUAAAAAUCUGUGAGUUAUAUUUUUUUGAGCUGUCAAACUAAACUAACAGAUGGCUCAAUUUCAGCUCAUUACACAUGUAAAUGAAAACAUUCCAGUUUUUCACUUUAUGUUUUAAGUUGUAACAAUUAGUUUUUCCUGUAUGAGGGUAUGGUGAGAUUCCCACAUGCUGUUUGUCACUUGUAUCAGUAACAUGAAUUCUCCAUUUAACAUUAUGUGAUACAUAAAAAAUACAAUGCAAAGAAGUAUAUAUAUAUAUAUAUAUAUAUAUAUAUAUAUAUAUAUAUGGAUGGCAUGGAUGGUGCUUGACAUGGAGGGAGGCUCAUUAUUGGGAAUUUUAUUUAUUAUCUGAUUGAUAAUUUCCUUAGUAAUUUGUUUCUUUAUUCAUUCUUUACAUUACACGAAUAGUAUGUUGUUGUGAACCCCAGUGUGUGUGUGUGUGUGUUUGUUUACCUAGUUGUAUUGUACAGGGCUUGAGCCAAAGUUUAUUUUGUCCGGUCUCCAUAACCAUAUUUAUCCAGUUUUUCUUUAAACAUGUGUACACAGUUUGCCACAACCACCUCUCUCUGUGUGUGUGUGUGUGUGUGUGUGUGUGUGUGUGUGUGUUUAUGAUAUAUAUAUAUAUAUAUAUAUAUAUAUAUAUAUAUAUAUAUAUAUAUAUAUAUAUAUAUAUAUAUAUAUAUAUAUAUAUAUAUAUAUAUAUAUGCAGUCAAACCUCAGUUUUCGUAUGCCCUAGUUUUCAUACAAUUCUGUUUUUUGACGCCUUUUCGUUAAAAUUUUGUCCCAGUUUUCAUAUAUCUGUUAAUUUUUUGUACAGUUGAAAAAUGGUCCAUACCAAACUUGUCUGACUGCCUGCAUGACUCAGCCACUCAUUUCCUGGAAUUGAGCGCCCACAGAAAGCAUCCCAUGCGUUCGUGACUCUGUCUACUUCUGUUUCUCAUUGAGUGAGCAUCACCCCAUGCAUUCAUUUGAAACAUUUCAUAGUAAUCCAUUAUUUUUGUGCUUGUUUAUUGAGUGCAACUGCUAAAUAAGCCACUAUGGGACCAAAGAAAAUUCUGAGUUCCUGCCCUUUGAUAAAGAAGGCAAGAUACCCAAUAGAAUCCAAGAAAGAACUUGCAGCAAAAUACAAAAGUGGCAUAUGUGUGGCCAAUCUCGCCAGAAUGUACAGGAAGUCUGUGUCAGCGAUCAGUUCCAUACACCAACAAGUCUUCAAUAAAGGUAAAAAUGAUGUUAAAUGUUCAUUUAUCUACUUCGUUAAUCAUUUAUAUUUAUUUUUCAUUAUCUUCUGUAUGUAAAGCUACAGUUAUUCUUUAUUAAACUUAUUUUUUGUCAAUGUAUUUGGGUGUCUGGAACAGAUUAAUUGGAUUUACAUUAUUUCUUAUGAGAAAUAUUGCUUCAGUUUUCAUACAUUCAGCUUUUGUCAGACUUUUUUUAACAGAUUAAUCUUGAAAACUGAGGUUCCAAUAUAUAUAUAUAUAUAUAUAUAUAUAUAUAUAUAUAUAUAUAUAUAUAUAUAUAUAUAUAUAUAUAUAUAUAUAUAUAUAUAUAUAUAUAUAUAUAUAUAUAUAUAUAUAUAUAUAGUCAAAAAAAAUUAGAACUACCACUUUUAGCAAAAAAAAAUUAGGAUGAUCAAAAGAAUAAGCUUUAGUUUUGUUCACUUGCUUUAUUGUUUAGUAGUUAGGCAUUUCUCCUUUGUGUGUGAGUACAUAGUGUAUAUGCCUGGGCAUGGAAUAAGCAAGAUUGAGGAAGUACUGCCUCUCCAACUCCAGCUCUAGAUAUUCAUGAUGGCAACCUGCAAUAUCAGUACAGAUGUCGUCUCAGUCUCCAUGGUGCUGAGCCGCCUCCUUAUGCAACUCCAUGCAUUCUUAAUGGGAUCGAGGUCUGGUGAGUUCCCUGGCUAAUCCAAGACCUCAGUCCCAUUGUCUUUUAGGAAUUCCUUUGCCUUCUUUUCCCCUAUGACAAGGGGCCCCAUCGUGCAUGAAAAUGCACGUUUAAAAUCUUGAAUGGCAUCAAGUGGUUUUCCAGCACUGCACAGUACUAUUUCCAUUUAUUGCUAUACUUUUAGGAAGGAAAUACAUCCCUCCUCUUCCUCCAGAACCACUGAAGCAGGCCCACACCAUGACAUAGGCAGCAUGUUUUACUGUCUUGAUGGUGAACUUGUGAUGAAAGCGGUUAGAUCCUCAUGGACACCAGCAAUCCUCAGUACACCAAAGCAGGAUUCAUCGCUUAACACCACACUUUCCCAAUCUUCUGCUAUCCAUGACUUGUGCCUGUUACAAAAUUCUAACCUCUUCUUUUUCAUCACUUGAAUAAGCAAGGAUUUCUUAAGAAGGCUGAUGUGUGGCCCUGUAGUUCCAGGUCCGUCUGCAGCUGAUGUUGAAUUGUAUAGAUCAACACCUUGUUGAGUAAUUCUUAGUUCCAGGCUUUUAAAUCCUUGCAUGUUAUUAAAGGCUCAUUCAUAACUAUCCUCUUCAGCAGUUGGUCUGUCUUCUUAGAGGUUUUCCGUAGUUGUCCUGACCCUUUUUUUCCAUAACAAUGCAGCCUCCAGUCCAGAUAGAAACAGUGUUUUUGGAAAUUUUCAUCUCCCUUGCAAUUUGUCCCAUGGUCUUCCUUUCUCUAUACAUGGUAACUGUUUGAGUCUUCUUGAUAAGGGAUGAUAAUUUUCCCUGUAUAAUGACUCAGCAGUCAAGAUAUUGAGGGUAGAGAGGAGAGGAGCAGAGAGGGGUUGGAAGGGUUCCAGAGCAAUCUACAAACACCACACUCUCUCAUAGCUGGCAGGUAGCUGAAGGCAUGAGGUGUGGGAAUGAGACUCGGCAGUCUACUGGGCUGCCAGAUGUUCAAUGCACUCAACUGCUUCUACCAGGAAUAGCAAAUAAUCUUAGGACCAAUCUCUGUCCUAAGUUUCUUUGCGUCCUAAAUUUUUUUGCGGUGACUUUAUAUAAGAAGCAAGAAGGUGUUUUUCAGCCACUUGGCAAUUAGCUUGAAAAACAACCAGCUUCCAUCAGUACUCAAAACUCAGUUCACAGAGUUCAUAUCUAAUAAAUUUACAUCUAACAACACUGUUGGAUCUCUAUUCAUGCUUUGUAUCUGACCAAGAAGUUUAAGAUCUGACAAAAUAAAUUCUGGAUAUAUCUUCUUGGUGACAAUCUAAUGAAUUUAUUGCAUCUGUGGGAGGAGGAAAUUAAUGCAAAUGAAAAGAUGCCAAAACUCAGACAGGUAUUGCAAGAUGCAGUGGAGACCAGGUUGAGGGAGGAUGGUGGUAUUAGUGAAGGUGCUGGUGGUUUUUGUAGCAGUAGAGAGUGGGGAGGAAAAGCAGCCCCAAAUGUUGAUAUAUUUAAAUACAAUGAAUUUGUAUCUAAUGUGUGCCUUUUGAUAUUUGACUUGUUUGAUGUGAGAUCUGACUGUACUCAUUGUGCAGUAGAUAUUAAGCCUUCCUAUGCUAUAUAUUUCUGCAAGUUAUAAUGACAAUAAGAAUUUAUUACCACUAAUAUACCUAAAGCCAUUUUCACUCUUUGGUCUACAGUCUUCUUUGAUGUGUCUUUUCCAUUUACAGGCAGGUUUGGUGGCAGUUUGCCUCCAAGUCAUACUGUAAUGCAGAGACUCAAAUGAGCUGUUUAAAAGCUAUCAGAGGUAGUUUCUCAGUGAAAUGUAUAGAAUGCCAAUUAAUGUUUUUACAAGAUAAAAUUAAUGUAACGUACAGAAAAAGAAAAAAAAAAUUUUAAUCACCAGCUCAUGAAAAGAUUCCUUUGGUUUUGGAGAAGCUGUGGCCUGCAUUAAUAGAACCAUUAUAUGUACUGGUCAAGAGAGAGAGAGAGAGAGAGAGAGAGAGAGAGAGAGAGAGAGAGAGAGAGAGAGAGAGAAAUAAUUUUUAUUGUACAGAAACAUGAAGUGAUGUCACUCUUUACACCGAAUUUCAUUCAGGAACUAAGAUGUGAUUGGAAUUUCAUUGAAAUCUUAAUCUUGUAUGUCUUGGCUAAUUGUUACUUCAAAUUAAUUCAAUUCAGAAUGUGAUGUUUUAUAAGGAACUGCAAAAGUAUGUAAACAUGCAGAAUUUCUAUUCAUGUGGAAUUUAGUUAAUACCAAUUCUGCUUUGGAAUUCAAAUUGUAAAUAAAAAUAUUGUUUAAUAAUCAUCUUAAAUUAUUUGUUAAUUUUACUUUGAAAAAUUAUAACAUGCAUAAACUUUUCUCAUAUGAUGACAGUUACAAUACAUAGUUGGCACCAAAAGAAAUGACUAAAUUCUCAGUCAUUGUCAGCAUCUGUGCACCAUUCAACCAGUUUGAUCUGGUUGCAUGGCAACUCAAGACAGAUGGUGGCCUUGGGUGCACUCAACACAUUAACAGUUUUAGUAUAGAUUGGCAGUUGAGUGAUAAGAUGUUCUUUGUGCAUGCACACCCGAGUUGACUUUAGCAAGACUUUAGCCUAUCUUUCCAUAUCAUCUACCUAUGGGUACUAAACUGCCCAUUACUGGUGAUGAAAUAGCAUCUGUGGUUGCCUAAAAAUAAAAACUUUUAAGUAACAAUUAGUAUUGCUGGAAGUAGAGAGAGAAUUGUGUUCUGAUACCGAUUGAGAAUUUUGUCAUGUCUUUUGCAUGGACUAUAUUCCUAUGUGGCAUUCAUUCGUAUGAUAAUGAUGACUUUUGCCACUCAUCUUUCAUAUUGAAGUUAUAACUUUGAGUAGUUAUGGUGUGUGUGUGUGUGGGUGUGUGGGGCGGUGGUGUGUUCUUGUCACCUUAGUUUAAUAACUGAUCUUCAACAACCUGUUAUAUUGCCCUUGUUGCUUUUAAAUGUUUAAUUACACUUUCUAGUCAAGUAAUUAAAUAAGCAUGUGAAUAAUAUAUGCAAGUGUCUUUAUGGUAGAGGUAAAUGAGAUAGGAGAAUUGAAAAAGCAUCAGCAAAUGACCCAUAUGUCAUAGUUGUCAGAUGUCACUUCCCCCCCCCCAAAAAAAAAAAAAAAUGAGGUGCGACAUUUCCUAUCAUGACUACAUUCUAUAACACUGAAACAAUUAAACCCUUGUCUUGUAUCAGUAAUUGAUGUGGAUGAAUUUAAAUUUGCUUCCUUAAGGGAGACUGCUUUAUUAUUUGUGGUAUUGUUAGCCUUCCAGUGUGAAAGUUUAAAACUAAUGAAAAUAAUUAGAGGAUGUUUCUACAAACAAAACCCUGUGAGAAGAGAGUUUGAGUAAAGAAAUAGGUUACUGAUGUCAUAAAUCAGAGUUGAAUAUUGAUGCCAUUGCUAAAUAGAUUCAUCUGCCCUUGUUGAAAGAUGUGCAUACCCAGAAUGACAGUUUUAGGCUUACAUUCUUCAUGUGUGACAUUUUGUGGCAUUGAAUUUUUCCUAUUAUAAAUCAAAUAAUGACCAGUUAUGUAUAGAUGAUGAUAUGUUACCUUAUGAGGAAAAGAUUUUCCAGUUCAUUAAUUAUAUUGCUCUGUAAUCUAUACCAUGUACUGACAGUAGUUCUUGGUUUAGCUAUUGUAAAAAAAAAAAAAAAUGACCAAUCCCAAAAGAAGAUUUGAAAAAAACUGGAUUUAUGUUGGAAAUGGCUGGCCUGGUGACAGACAUCAACCCUGUUGACAUUACAUUCAUCAAGUAUAUAUUUUCUCCUAUAUACUAAUGGAAAAACACUUAAGUCAUCAGUAAUAUGCUGUCUGUUACCUGUUACAUCUAAGCUCAUCCUUCCAGCCAUUAAACAUGUGACUGUGUAAUGGUUAGAAGAUAGAGCCAUGUCCACAAAUGUUUCAUUUGGAGAUAAGAUAAUGCCAAUUGUGAAUUUAAUACAGACCUAAUAGUCAAUUUAAUAGACCUUUAGCUGUGCCCUAAAAAAAAGACACUCAUAAUAUUUAUUUAGAGUGUAUUAUAUACAUGCAUAUAGCUUUUUAUAGAGGACAUACACACAUAUAUAUCUUUAUAGAUAUGUAUAGGUAAUCAACAAUAAACUUGUGUUGGUUGCUUCUCAAGCUCCAGCUUGAUAGCAUUGGGAUUUACACCCUUUUCACACUGCUUCACAUAUCCCACUGAAUGUUAUUUACCUUACAACUAAAUAGUUGCCAGGAAGUUAUACAAUGAUGACUGUUUUGUUUGAAAGGUUUCUUUUUAGAUAACUACACACACUGUAAAGUUCAAGCAAGAUUACCAUGUGACAACAAAACAAGUUUUCCUAUAUUGAUAAAGUUACACCUACUAUUCAGGCUGCCUUUAAAUUUCCAGCUUGAACCUAGGAACACUACAUGGGAGAUCAUAAAGUGGUGUCAUCUCAGAUUUUGAAGAAGCCCUCCAAAUUAUUAAAAUUUUGUUGAAAGAGAUGUAAAAAACAUAAUUUAUAGCUAUUAUGUUUACCCCAUAAUAUUUAUUAAAAGAAAAUGAUAGUUGUGGGAAUGAUGAACAUGACAAGAUUCCAGCCACUUAGAUACUGCCAAACCUUCUCAGGGAAGAUACAUUGUUGAAUUGUUUUUUAUGAGUGUAGAAAAAAGCAUGGUGGGUAUGCUGAAACACCUGAUUGAAAGUUAAUGAAAAAGAUUCACUUCAUAUGUGGUGGUUUGUAAGAAUUAUGAUGUCUAAAGAAAACUUGAUUCCAUUGUGUUACUGAAAUUAUAACUGAAGAAAGCUGUCAUUAAACAUCCACUACAAGAAACUUUGAUGUAUCUGGUGUUGAAAUAUGUUGUAGAUGAUUUACUCUCAGUACCUGUUAAAUAUAUUUUGACGAAAUGUGGAUAGCUAUAGUUUUUGUAGCAAAAUAUUAUGGCACCACACACUCUGGUCUUCCAGUUGUCUCUCAUUCUACCUAACUUGCCAAAGACAAGAACAUCUGCUACUGUAAAGCCUUUUAUGCACCAAGAUACACUGCUGUGUAACAAUGAUUGUAAACUGUUGCAUGACUACUAUUCUGAUGUAUCUAAAAAAAAUGUAUUAGUUUUUGUAACAUUUUACUACAAGUCUAUCAUUAGUUCCCUGUACACACCAUGACACUAAAGUACUUUCUUUAGAAACAGUCACUCUCUUGUGGUUGUGGAAUGUUGUAUGACUGUUCCAUGGAUGUUUAAAAACAAUAUAAAAUGUUGCAUUUUUAUUUUUA